AUGGCCUCCGAGACCCCCUCUUGGUCUCUUCUCAGGGGUGGAGUGGAAAGAGGAGCCCGGCAGCUUCCUCAGGUAGGGAAACAGCAAUGGGAGUAGGGAGGAGGGAAGAGGCACAGAUGGGACCACCCAGCUUCCCUCUGUGUUGAGUGGGGAUGAUGGGGAUCUAAGAGCAGCUCUGUUUUCUUCCUCUUCUUCUUCUUCCAGGCCCUCUUGACCUUUGAGGAGGUGGCUGUGUUUUUCACGGAGGAGGAGUGGGCUCUGCUGGAUCCUGGCCAAAGAGCUCUGCACAAGGAAGUCAUGGAGGAGAAUUAUGAGAUGGUGGCCUCUUUAGGUGAGGGCACAUUUUUAUUCCUCUUGGCUGUUAGACGUUGGAGGUGUGAAUCUCCUGUUUGAGCCAUUUAUUCAUGCCAUGUAGGAACAAGCAGUAGCCAUCGAUAGACCUCUCCUACUCAAUGCAUUUGUCUCAUAUUCUUUUCAAGCCACCCAAGUUUGUGGCCAUCACUGCCCCCUGUGGGAAAUUUCCCUAGUUUAACUAUGCACUGUGUGAGGAAGGACCUUCUUUCAUCUGUCCUCAACCUUCCAACAUUCUGUCAUGUGACAAAGACACAUGAGGGCAGAAGCAGCAAAGCAGGCUGGGAAGUGCAAUCAUUUGGGCCUACUAAAGUUAUUCAGGCCUAACUGCUAACUGCUGAGUCACUCCGACAUGUGACUCAUUCUCCUCCUUAUAAGUAGCAGCCAUUUUCUCCCUGUGUUCUCUGUAAGAUUUCAGUCAGAGUCAAUCUGCCUCAGUUGUGAGCAGAGUCAAUAUGUAAUUUCAGUCAAACUGUUUGGAACCAUGUUGUUUAUGUAGAAGUUUAUUUUAACUCAGUAAAGCUCUUAUUCUUUCACUUAAAAACUCUGCAUUAUUAAUUUACGCUGCGCGUCACAUUCGGCAUAAAGGAGUCGCUCCAUCCCCAUUUUAAAUAAAAUUAUUAUUAUUAUUUUUUAAAUGAUAUUUAUUGAGAAUUUUAAAGGUACAAAGAAAAAAGAAAGAAAAAACAAGAGAAAGAGAGAAAGAAAGAAAAAGGUAGAUAAAAGUAACAAUUAAACAAAAAAAUCAAUAAAAACCAAAGUCAAAAAGAAAAAAACAAAACACACAAUGCAUCAAAAUCAAAAAGCAAAAAUAAACAAAAAAUUUAAAAACAAAUCCAAUAUUCCCAAAUUCUUAACUUUCAUUAACUUAUUUCAUCGACCUCCUCACACCUCCCUUUUUUGUAUUCUAGUUGUUAAUUAUCUCAGCAAAUCCUUUCCAUCUUUCACAAUAUUCUGUCAUUAAAUUACCUUAAUCUAUUUUAACCUUAUCUUACCAUAAAAACCCUAAAACUUAAAACUUAAAUCUUAUUUAUACCAAAUUCUUUUAACCAUAACAUAUUCUUACUUAACAUUUCUGCUAAAGCCAAAUAAUUUCAUUCCAACAUUUUUCUAAUACUCAUUAAUUUUACGAUACUUUUCUAAAUAAAUUUUUAAAACUUUCUUCCAAUCUUCAUCCAUCGUCUCUUCUUCCUGGUCUCGGGUUUUGUCAGUCCUUUCUAUCCCAUCCAUCUAGUCCAUCAACCUGGUGACCUUAUAUCCGAGGCUCUUAAGUCUUUUCCAUGUCCCUUCCGCAGGUCUUCUUCAUGUUUAUACCUGUACUUUACUUUGUCUUCUGCUCCUUUCACUCGUGGAGACUCCAGCUUGACAAUAUUUUUCUCCUUUCUCGACAAGUCAGCCCCUUUUCCAUAGUCAACACUGAAAUCCAUGUGGUAUUUAAAGGCAUGUUUCAAAGUCCCUCCAAAGUUAAGGACCCCACAACUCUGAACUCCCCCCGGCCCAAAGCCAGACUUGAAAGGUCAAAACUUCCCUGCAUAGGGGGAUCCAUCCAGCCCCCCAUCUCCAAGCCAAACAGAACUCCAUCUCUCCAAAUCUGACUUUUUCCAGGUUCAUUCGUCAAAUCCAACAACUCAUGUUCCUGCUGGGCCACAGCUCCCUCCAUCUCUGCCACCUGAGGUCCAGCAACAACCUCCUCCCUCAUCUGAUCUGUCAAAGCACAUUCCUGGAUUAAUUCCUGAGUGGGUUCUAUAUAGGUACCCAUUGCCUGUCCAAAAUUUCCGAUCGCAACAGUCAUCAAAUCCAUCUUCUCAUGUAACUGUUCCAAUAAAGCACUUGUCUUGCAAAAGGCAAGCACCAAAGCCUCUGAGCACAUUCUUGUUCAAGGUCGAAGUCUGGUCCCACGAUCUUUAAUCUCUACAGCUGCAAAGCUCCCCAGUUCGACUUUAAUAACAGUUUCACAAGCUCCCUCUAGGGGAAACAAUUUCUAUUUGUAUCCAUCUUUUUUUUUCUUUUCUUUUUUAUAUGAUAUUUAUUAAAAUUACAAAAGAAAAAGAUUACGUUAAUAAGAAAAUUAACAAUAAAAAGGAAAAAUACAAAAUACAAAAAAAAAGCAGUUAAAAACAAUUCCAUCUUUUCAUCACUUCUUUUACAUUUACUUGUUUCCCGGACCUCCUCAUACCUCCCUCUUUUGUAUUCUAAUUCAAUUUGUUAGUCCAGCGAUUCCUUUCCCUCCUUUUUAAUCCUGAUCUUUAAUCUUGAUAUAUUAUAACAUUAAUUUUUUAGAUAUUAAAAACCAAUUUUUCCUUAUUCUUUUAUACCAUUACCGCAUGAAACCACUUAACUUCAAUCCGUCAUCAUUCUAACAUUCAUUAAUUUUACAAUAUUUCUGUAAGUAAUCUUUAAAUUUCUUCCAAUCUUCUUCCACCGACUCUUCUCCCUGGUCUCGGAUUCUGCCAGUCAUUUCCGCCAAUUCCAUAUAGUCCAUCAUUUUCAUCUGCCAUUCCUCCAGUGUGGGUAGAUCUUGUGUCUUCCAAUGUUUUGCAAUAAGUAUUCUUGCUGCUGUUGUAGCAUACAUAAAGAAAGUUCUAUCCUUCUUUAACACUGAUUGGCCGACAUCUUUUCUUUUUAAAGCAGAUCUAGCAACAAAGUUUUCCUUUUUCUGAUAUUUUGUCGAUAUUUUGUUCCUUUUAAAUGCGAAAGGGAACAAUGGAAUCAAUAUGUUUCUCUUCUUUUAACUAUCUGUCAAAAACGUUUGUCCAUAGUCAAUGAACUUCCCCAAAACGUCUGUCCUGACACCCCGCUCCCAGGUUCAAGACGGUGGAAAAUUACCUUUCUUUACUCUCUCUUCUGCAGGUUUAAACAGUCUAAAAAGGUUCCCCCUCUUCUCCUGCUUCCAAGGGGGGUUCAGUAAUUUUAAAUGAUGAAAAUUUAAUCCUUUACAAACGACUUUCUAAACUCUAGCUUGCCAUGUCUUUGCUUCAAUCUAUCUACAAAAGCGGAAAGCGGACUUCCUGUUUAGACCUUCCCGCUUUUGGUGCCUAAUUAAGAAAUUUCAUAGUCCAAUUUUCUGUUCUACUCACGGGCAGUUGUUUGAAAUCCAAUUGUCCACAGGAAAAGUCAGCACUCUCCGGCAACAGCAAUGCGGCUUCACUCCGUGAAAGAAGCAGUCGAUUCAAAGCACCGCGCCACUCACCCCACGUCGCUCCGGAUCCCCAAAACAGGGUUUCCCCGCGAGUAGGGGAGGCGCAAAGGGUGCCAGCCGAAUCCCACGUCCACAGGCUUCUCCCGCCUGUGGUUUUUGAUGGGUCUCUGCCUCGCCGUGGCGGUUCAGACCCUAUUUUCCACGGAGUGGAUUCCUCCCGAUCGGAGGAAAUCCGCCAUUGCCAGAGGCGCCAACCCGGAAGUCCCCCCCCCCCCAUUUUAAAUAAAAUUACAGUGGAAGGAAAAGAAAUAGAAAAUCUGAAAGAAAUCAGGGGAUGAUUUGUGAAUUUUUAUAGACAGCAAAUUUUUUCAGCAGGGGGCCAGUCCACUGCCCCUCAGACCUUGCGGGGGGCCGGACUAUACUUUGGGGGGAAAUGAACAAAUUCCUAUGUUCCACAAAUAACCCAGAGAUGCAUUUUAAAUAAAAGGACACAUUUUACUCAUGUAAAAACAUACUGAUUCCCGGACCGUCCGUGGGCCGGAUUUAGAAGGCGAUUGGGCUGGAUCCGGCCCCCAGGCCUUAGUUUGCCUACCCAUGGCUUAGAAUCAUAAGAGUUAGAAGGGAUCCCACAGGUCAUCUAGUCCAGGGACAGAUGUCAAAUUAACCAGCCUGUCACUUCCAUUCCCUUUUUCUAAAAAAUAAAAUGAAAAAUUAUUCCAUUGGCUACUUUCCAAUCCUCAGAUAUGUCCAAGGGACAAAUUACAUACCGAAUAUAAGCCGCACUCGCAAAUAAGCCGCACGUUUAAAAUUCAUGGGGUGGGGAGGAAAAAAGACAAUACCCAAAUAUAAGCCGCUCCCUUAAAAUUCAGCAGGCACUCACACACGUUCCGUUUUACCGUAUGUCUGUUUCAGCUGCAUUAUCGCCAUUUUUGUAAGAUUGCAAAUUUAAGCCGCACUUUAACUUUUCACUGUCGGAGUGGGGGAGUGCGGCUUAUAUUCGGGCCAAUAUAAGCUCCUGAAAAAGGCUAACUACAGUGGUACCUCUAGUCAUAGCUGUCAAGUGUCCCUUAUUUGAAGGGACAUUCCCUUAUUCCAGCGCCAUGUCCCGCUGCUGUCCCUUAUUAAUAGAUGUCCCUUGAAUGUCCCUUAAAUGAUGUCCCUUAAAUUUCAAAGGAAGCAGCUCCUCUCCCUCCCUCCGUGCCGGCCAGGGAGGAGGGAGGCUCCAACUGUGUUGCUUGGCUGUGUUGAACACCCAAUAAGAAGUCUAAGAAUGACUGGGGGGUGGAGCUUGCAUGUCUUGUGUGUGGCUAGUUAAUGCAAGCUGAGGGGUUUUUUGAAUGCUGGAUGCCAUUUUGUUGCACGUGCUGCUGCAAACUUUGCAGUGCAAAGCCAGGCCGGGGAGACAUCUUAAGUUGAGGCUGCAUAGGCCUUGAAUAGAUUCUAUUCAGUUGAACCUCUGGUUACAAAGUUGGUUGGACAGUGUUCUCGAAGCUACCAGCAUGAGUUUGACCAGACUGCAGGAGGACAGGAAGACUGGAGUGCCUGGAACAGGUGAGGCUGCAGGUCCCUUAUUUUGGCUGCUGGUCCCUUAUUUUCAAGGCUGCUGGUCCCUUAUUUUCAAAUCUGUAAGUUGACAGCUAUGCCUCUAGUUAUGAACUUAAUUCGUUCCAGAGGUCCGUUCUUAACCUGAAACUGUUCUUAACUAGAGGCGUGCUUUCGCUAAUGGGGCCUCUUGCUGCCGCUGCACCACCAGCACAUGAUUUCCGUUCUUAUCCUGGGGCAAAUUUCUCAACUUGAGGUAACUCUUCCAGGUUAGUGGAGUUUGUAACCUGAAGCAUUUGUAACCUGAGGGGUUUGUAACUCGCGGUACCACUGUAGUUUAUUAUUGUUAUUUUUUUCAACACACUUUUAAGAGUACAGUCAUACCUUGGGUUACAGACGCUUCAGGUUGUGCGUUUUCGGGUUACGGACGCGCCAAAACCAGGAAGUACCGGAAAGGGUUACUUCUGGGUUUUGGCACUCACGCAUGCGCUAAAUCACACUUUGCGCAUGCGCAGAAGCGCCAAAUCGCAACCCGUGUGUGCGCAGAUGGGUUGUGAACACUGUGGGUUGUGAACGUGCCUCCCGCAUGGAUCACGUUCGCAACCCGAGAGUCCACUGUACCUGUUUCCCUGGAGUUUCUUACUUUAGUUUAGCAUGGGUCAGUGACAAAUUUUCAAGUGAAGUAUCUGGUCCGGAUAUGUGAUCCCUUUUCAUUGGAUCAUUGAAAUGUAGAGUUGGAAGGGACCCCAAAGGUCAUCUAACCCAACCCCCUGCAAUGCAAGAAUCUCAACUCAAGCAUCCAUGACAGAUGGCCACUCAACCUCUGCUUAAGAACAUGCAAGGAAAUAGAGUCCAUAACCUCCAGAGAGAGACUGUUCCAUUGUCGAACAGCUCUUACCAUCAGAAAGCUCUUCCUGAUGUUUAGUCGGAAUGAUAUUAUUAUUAUUUUGUAUCUUGGAUUUGAGGUCAUAGGUAUACGCAUUGAUUUGAAAUGGCUUUAUAUUUUGUGGCCCAAAGUAACUAAUAUUGUCUCUUUCCCUGAAAGAAUCAGACCUCAACUCCUGUUGGGAAGAAAGACAAGAUCCAUUUCUCCAGAAUCCCAAAGAAGGGGAGAUAUCAGCAGGUAGGUGCUUAGUUGAGACUGUAGGAUAUUCAGAAGCUAACUUCAGAUGUAGCUGAGGAGGGAGAGAAGUAGGGAGACAUGCUUGAAAAUGGUAAAAUCAGAGAAGCUGAGAACUGGGCCUGACCUACAAUGAGAGUCUCUGCUUUACCUUGCAAUUUGAAUGGCAUUUUCUUUUUCUGCCUCAAAACAGGUAAUGGGCAGAAGAGUGAGAAAUAUGAUGAGCCAUUCAUGGUGUCUGUAGAAAACAUGGAGCAUGAAGCACAGAAAGAGACCUUUGUAAAUCAACAAUCAACCAAAAAGUAUGUAGGAAAUACGUGGGAGAACUGGAAAAAUAACUCCCUUACUACUCAGGAUAUUGGUGUCCAUGUAUCCCUGAAUCCACAGGAAGAAUGCUCAGGAAGUAGCAGUGUAGAGUGUGGAAAGAGCUUCAGUCAGAGUGGAAGCGUUAGUUUACAUCAAGGAACCCAAACAGGGGAGAAAAUGUUUAAAUGCACGGAGUGUGGAAAGAGCUUAAGCAGUGCUGGUAACCUUGUCAAGCAUAAAAAAACCCACACAGGGGAGAAACCGUUCAAAUGCAUGGAGUGUGGAAAGAGUUUCAGCCAGAGCGGAAACCUUAUUGCACAUCAAAGAACCCACACAGGGGAGAAACCAUUUAAAUGUAUGGUGUGUGGAAAGUGUUUCAGUCUUAAUCACCAUCUUACAUUACAUCAAAGAACCCAUACUGGGGAGAAACCACAUACAUCCACGGAGUGUGGAAAGAGCUUCUGUUCGAGUAGUGUCCUUAUUGUGCAUCAAAGAACCCACACCGGGGAAAAUCGAUCUAAACCUAUGUUGUGUGAAAAGAGUUUCAGUCUCAAUCACCAUCUUACUUUACAUCAGAGAUCCCACACUGGGGAGAAACUGCAUAAAUGCAGGGAGUGUGGAAAGAGCUUCAGUCAUAGGAGUAACCUUAGUUUACAUGAAAGAACCCACACUGGGGAGAAACCAUUUGAAUGUAUGGUAUGUGGAAAGAGCUUCAGCCAGAGUGGAAACCUUACUGCCCAUCAAAGAACCCACACAGCAGAGAAACCAUUUCAAUGUAUGGUGUGUGGGAAGAGUUUCACUUUUAGUCACUCUCUUACUUUACAUCAAAGAACCCACACUGGGGAGAAACCGUUUGAAUGCAUGGAGUGUGGAAAGAGCUUUAAUUGUAGGAGUGCACUUACUGUACAUCAAAGAACACACACUGGGGAGAAACCGUAUGAAUGCAUGGAGUGUGGAAAGACCUUUCGUCGUAGGAGUAACCUUACUUUCCAUCAAAGAGCCCACACCGGGGAAACCAUUCAAAUGUAUGGAGUGUGGAAAGAGCUUCAGACAUAG